GGGGAUCCCGGGACUGUGGGGGGUGUUGGGAUUUUGGGGACAACUCCAGAGGGUCUGGGGGCUGCGGGGUGAUGGUCGGAGGCAAUCCGGGACCACCACCAGAGCCGGCAGCCCCUGAACCCCCAGAACACACGGCGGGCACCCCGAGUGCCAAGGACAGCCGGGGGGGCACUGGGGGCUGCAGAAAAGGGGUCGGGGUGACCCCCCCCCCCUUCAACCCUCCGGGGGUCCCGGCGGGGCGGGGGGCUGUGCCCUGCUCGGCCCUGGUGCCGCCGUGUCCCCCCGAGGGGGCGGGGGGCUGCUGGAGGGCCCUCCCGUGCCCGUGCCCCCUCCCCAAAUAAAGAACUGGCCUCGGGGGGAGGGGGGGGGUCCCCAAAACCACCGGGACCCCCACGGGGGAGGAGGCUCCAGCACGCCUGGGGGUGACCCCGGGUGACCUUUGGGGUCCCUCCAGCGGGGAGGGAGGGGCCGGACCCCCGCCCCACUUUCCCCUCCGUGCCCGUAGGCGCGCCCCACCGCCGGGAUUUUGGGGAGCCCGGGCGGUGUCCCCCUGCCCCGCGCAGGUGCUGCUCCCCCCGAAUCCCCCCCUCCGUGACCCGUAACCUUCCCGGCACGGGUUUGCGGCAUCAUCCGGCAUCGGCAGGGGCAGCACUUCCCUCUCGGCGCCUGCGCUCGCCGCUCCGCCGGAGCUUCCACCGGCCUGGGCACGGCUCGAAUUUGGGGGAUCCCCCCCCUUCCCCACACCCCGUGCUGUCACCAGAGCCACCCCCCCUCCCCAAAACCUGAGCGAGCCCCCCGGCCAAAGCGCGGCGGAACAAUGGGCUGAACGCAUCGGGCAUCUUCCAGCGCUGGGAGCCGCCGGCACAGGCCGGGCUGGGAAACAGAGAGGAUCCCCAACCAAACACCCCCCCCCCCAAAAAAAAAACCCCCCCAAAACCAACAAAAAGCCCCUCGGCGUGGUGCUGGGGGGUCACCGAGCCCCCGCGCUUCGCCCCGAGGAGCUGCAGAGCGGCCGGGCCCGGUUUGAGGAGCGACAGCGCCGGUAGCAGCAGGCUCUAUCAUCCCCUGGGCACCCCCCGCCGGUUGGCACGCUCCGUCCCGCGCCCGCCGCGCGUUUCCCCGCCAUGGCGUCGUUCCGCAUCCGGCAGUACCAGGACCGGGACUACGAGGCCGUGCGGGCUCUGUUCGCCCGCGGAAUCCUGGAGCACGCCCGGCCGGCUUCCGGCACGUGCUGCGCUCGGCGCGGGGUGCGCCUGGCGCUGCUGGCCGUCUUCGUGGCCGCCCGGGCGGCCGCCGGCUCCUGGCUGCUGGGGCUGGGCGCCGUGGCGCUGGCGCUGGCGCUGCUCUGGGUGCUGGUGCGCUCGCUCAGCGCCGAGUACGUGCGGGAGGCGCUGGCCGGCGACCUGUGCGACGUGCCCGCCUCCUACCUGCGCCCGCCGGGCUGCCGCUUUUGGGUGGCCGAGGAGGGCGGCGCGGUGGCGGGCAUGGUGGCGGCCGUGCCGGCGGGCCGGGGAGAGCUGGAGCUGAAGAGGAUGUCGGUGAGCCGGGAGCACCGGGGCCGCGGGUUGGCGCGGGCGCUGUGCCGGGAGGUGCUGGGCUUCGCCCGCGCCCGCGGGUACGGCGGCGUGGUGCUCAGCACCUCGGCGGUGCAGGUGGCGGCGCAGCGGCUCUACGAGGGGCAGGGCUUCCGCAAGGUGGGCAGCUCCUACCCCUCGCUGCUGGGCACCUUGCUGAACUUCCAGAUCUUUCACUACCGCUACGACUUGGGCGACGGCGCCGAGUAGCGGGGCGGCGCCGGGACGGAGGGCGGCACGGCAAAGCCGGCUCCCGGCGACGGCGCCGUGGUGAGCCGGGGACGUGAGGAGCUGCCGCGGCGCUGCCGCGGCGCCCGAACCCUGGCACCGGUACGGCGCC